GUCGGGUUCGCUGCUGUCGAGGGCGCGCGGCAGUGUCGCGGGUGGCCUUUCCGGGGCGAGUGUCACGAGUGCUGGCGCAGGUUUCAGACCCUUCACGAGGAACGCCGGCCGCCCCCGGACGCCCAUCCCGCGCCCACAGCCAUGCAACCGCCCCCGAGAAAAGGGAACAACGCGAAAUUCCUCAAGCAUGUGCACUCGGAGCAAGCCGCAAAAUUACAGGCGAAGAAUCAGCACGAAUGCGACCUUCUUGAAGACAUUCGUAACUUUGUUAUCAAAAAGUCGGCCAUCGAAAAAUCCUAUGCAGACGCACUGCUAAAGAUAUCAUCGGCGUAUUUGAACAAAAAGAUCCCAAACAUUCCCGACUUGAAGGUUGACAACGCCGACGAACGAUGGAACAUGUGGAAUGUCUGGAGAACGGUUCUGGAGGAGAACGAGAAACUGGCCCGAGCGCGACUGGCGGCCGUAGAAGUUUUUCAAUCACAAAUAGCCGACGAAGCGAAGGGCUUGAAGAUGCACAAAGUCCAAAUCACUAAGAAGGCGAUCGACCAAUUGAUGAUAGUACAAAAAGAACUCCAGACCUGUGUACAGGACGUCGAUAAAACGAAGAAAUUGUACUUCGAUGAGGAGCACAGCGCCCAUGAUGUGCGCGACAAGGCAAAGGAUAUUGAAGAAAAGCUUAAGAAAAAAAAAGGUUCCUUCUUUCAAUCGAUAACAUCUUUACAGAAGAACAGCGCAAAGGUGAGUUCGAAGAGAGACGCAUUGGAGGAAAAGUCAACGGGAGCGCGUAACGACUACUUACUUGCACUUGCCGCAGCCAAUGCUCAUCAAAACCGAUACUUUGUAAUCGACUUACAGAGUACAAUGCAAUAUCUCGAGCAAGGGGUUUACGACAAAGUGGCUGAAUAUUUAUCGCUCAUGGGUCGCACGGAAUUACUAACCUGCAUGGCAAUGCAAAACAGUUUUGGUAAAAUUCGCGAUCAAGCGCAGCAGCUUACUAGGGAAUAUAAUAUACAGUGCUGUUGCCUGUAUUAUCCUGUUUUAAAGCAGCAUAUACAGUAUGAAUACGAGCCAUGCGAUAACGAUCAAGUUGAUAGGAUAACAGCUGAUAAUGCGGCGGCGCAAACUCUCAGCAAAGAAGCGCGUCGUUGGGCUACGAAAAUUGCUCGGGAAAUAAACACUUAUAGAGAAAGCAAUAGAAAACUAAUAGCACAUCAGCAACUGCGCGAGUCUGGUCAAAAGACUGAUCCUAAUGAUCCAAAUGGGCCGGACCUGGAAACGAAAAUUGACGAAUUGCGAUCAACGAUGCGGAAAGCAGAGACCGCAAAAAUGAAGGCGGAAGCACGUAUAGAAUGUCUGCGAAAAGGCGGAGUCAACGUGGACGAGUGGCUACAAGAAGUGGAAACGCUGAGUGUGCAGGACAUACCGCGCUCGGCUAGCUCGCUGUCCAUCAGAACCGAUGCUUCCGGCAAUGCGGAGCAGCCAUCGUCGGAUUCGUUUUACGACAGCGAUAACGACGCCGGAAGCGAUUUGACGACCGUCGAAAGGCCAGGACGCGGCUCCUCAGCGGGCCAUCACCAGCAGCAACUGCAGGAUGACGAGGACUCGGGUGCCGACGAGCGCCAAAGACACGAUAGCGCCGAGGUCGAUGCUCUAUUGGAGCAAGAGAAACAGAGAAUAGAUGAGAUAACGGCAGGUUGGGACGAUCCGACUUCGGCCGACUGGGGCAACGAAGAGAACAGCAACGAUCGCGGAAAUAUCGCCGAUGUUCACGCGACGUCCGACACCAUUUUGGGUCAGAACAUCUAUAAAUGCACCGCACUUUACUCCUACACGGCGCAAAAUCCGGACGAACUAUCGAUCGUGGAGAGCGAGCAGUUGGAGGUCGUCGGCGAGGGAGACGGCGACGGAUGGCUGAGGGCGCGCAACUAUCGGGGCGAGGAGGGCUACGUGCCGCAAAAUUACUUGGACGUGGAGCACGAGCCCGAGGCCGGUCAACAAAGCGGCCUCACCUCCCAGACCCCCGGGCUCAUGCAACAGAUAUCCUUCUCCUCGGUCGACUACACCAUCGACGACCACGACCAGGUGGUGGACGAAACUGUGGUACCGGCGUCCAUAACCGCGCCUGCGCAGAACCACGUGGACGACGGACGGGAGUACUGCAUCGCCCUGUACGACUACGACGCGACCAGCUACGAGGAAUUGACCUUCAUGGAGGGCGACAUUAUAAUAGUGUUGAAGAAGAUGCCCCACGACAUCGACGACGGCUGGUGGGAGGGCGAAAUCAAUGGACAGCAAGGACUCUUCCCCUCGCUGGUCGUCGAGCCCUGCGCACCCGACGGCUCACCCCUUACACCCGAGGAGGAUGUAACGCCGCCGAGCUCUGCACCCCCUGUUUUCACCCCUCCGGAAAUACCGGAGUUCGUGCUGAACGAGGAACUCGCCCAGUCGCUCAUGAACGAAAUGAGAGAGCGAGGAUUUGUCAACGGCGAUCAAACGGAUAACUUUAACAUGAAUUUAACAAGGGAUCAGAAGGAACAAUAUGGCCUACAGUUUGAUAACGAGAACACAGAAGCACCAGGAAUAGUAGUGGUGGAAGCUCCCGAUGAAAGCAAUAAUGAGGAGGAAUAAUUAAUGUAG